CAAAGAAAUAAGAUAGGUCAAACCAUGCUUGUUGUGGAGCCUACUAACGCGUUAUUUUUUUUUUUUUUACCUGAGCGGAACCUCAAUUGAUAUUCAAGCAUCUCUUUUUUUUUCUUAACGAUGAACAAUACCAACUUGAAGAGAAAGAGUUCGACAGAAACCAAUGCAAAAAGACAAAAAACAGACAAAGGGCCUCGUAUUCCUGUCAAGUCAACAAUAGCCAGUCGUUCCGCUGAUAAAAGACAACCAUCUCCAGCCAAAAGACCUUCUGUGCCUUACAGAUCGUCUAGUAGUUCACGAUCCUCUAUAGAUAGACCUGUUGUCACCAAACCAAAGCCUAAUUUUCGUUCCAAUACUCAUCUCGAUCCAAAAGCUAAAAUAAAUCAGCUCCAGUCCCUAUUAGAAAAGACAGGUGAAGAAGUGAAUGAAAUUGAAAAAUUGAAUCAUGAUGCCCAAUCUACUGUCUUGAGUACAGAAUCAUUAUUGGAUCAAGCUUUACAAAAAAUGAGAGAUUUAGAGAACAAUAUCAAGACAACCCAAGAGCGGCAUGAGCAAGAAGUUCAACGUGUUCAUGACAAAUUUGCUCUAAAGAACAAAGACCUUAUUUUACAGAACGAUAGACAUCGAUCCAGAUUAGAUGGAUUUCUGCAAGAACUAGAGACAUUAGAAAAGCGUUCAAAAGAGACAUUGCAGGCAUUAGAACAAGAAAGAGUAGAACAUCAGUCACUUAAGGCUACACAACAACGCAUCGAAUCGUCUUAUGCUCAAGCAGAUGCUAGUCUAAGAGAGAAGCGUAUGAAAAAGAACAGUAAACAAAGGGCUUUAGAAGAAGCAGAACAACAAUCGCAUGCACUGUCAGAGACAAUACAACAGAGAUUAGAUCUAACAAGGGAUCUAGAACGAGCCAUUAUCGAACAUGAACAAGCAAGAAGAAAAGACCAUGAUAAACUACAGGAACUCAAAGGAAACAUUCGCGUGUUUUGUCGAGUUAGACCUGGAUUGGAUGAUUCAGCCUUAGCUAGUAUACGAUUCUUUGGAGAAGAUGAUGAAAGUAUGGAAUUAACAGAGCAAGUGUCUUCCACCCUUGGCAAGACAUCGACCAAAUCCUACACAUUUACCUUUGAUCGUGUAUUUAGUCCUGUUUCUACACAAAAGGAUUGUUUUGAAGAGAUUUCACAACUCGUCCAAUCUGCAUUGGAUGGAUUCAAUGUUUGCAUUUUUGCAUAUGGUCAAACAGGCAGUGGUAAGACAUUUACGAUGCAAGGUCCUUCUUCACCCUCAGAAGAGACAGCAGGCAUGAUACCCCGUGCAGUCAAUCAGAUCUAUCGAGUAGCUCAACAACUAAAGCAACUUGGCUGGCACUAUACAAUGGAAGGUCAAUUUUUGGAAAUAUACAAUGAGACUAUCCAUGAUUUAUUGGGUGAUGCUGCUAGUUAUGGCAAAGUGAAGCAUGAUAUUCACCAUGAAAAGAAUGGAAAGACAACUGUGACUGACAUGACUACAGUCAUUUUGGAUUCACCUUCCAAAGUCAAGUCUAUGUUAAGAAAAGCAUCUCAAAACCGAGCUACUGGUGCAACCAAUCUGAAUGAGCGUUCUUCUCGAAGCCAUAGUGUAUUUACACUCCGAUUGACGGGUGAGAACACAACCACAGGGGAACAGACAACAGGCAUUUUGAAUUUGAUUGAUUUGGCAGGAUCCGAACGAUUGUCUAUGUCUGGUUCAGUAGGUGAUCGACUCAAGGAAACACAGGCUAUCAACAAAAGUCUAAGUUGUCUGGGUGAUGUAAUUCAUGCAUUAGUGAACAACAAAGAAGGAGGUCAUAUACCUUAUCGAAAUUCAAAAUUAACUUAUUUACUAAGAAAUUCACUUGGUGGUAAUUGUAAAACUCUUAUGUUUGUGAAUGUAUCACCACUUGUAGAACAUUUUGGUGAAAGUCUUUGCUCUUUAAGAUUUGCAACCAAGGUGAAUCAUUGUCAGGUUGGUACAAUCAAGAAAAUAACACCCAACAAUAAGCAAUAAAAGUCUUAUUUUUAUGUAUCGUGAAACCCUAUUUAUAUUUUAUUUAUUUGUUAUCUAUUUUCCC